AUGUCCGAGACGUACAAACCCUUCUACUAUGGCGGGUUGGAUAGGCAUUUCACCGAACCCAAGAAUUUUACUGAUUUUUGCGACGACCCGCGACCGGAUGUGCCAAUCGAUGUGGUGGCCUGCCGGACGAUAUGCUUAACGGUUUAUCAGGAGCUGGUUAUACUAGGCCAACGCACCGGUCGACGACUUACUAUGCGUGGAUGUGCCACCACCCUGGCAAGAAAAGGCAUCUACAAUCACACACUGGCUCUUUUUGAUCGGUUUGAUGUUUGCCGGGAUAUGAAUGCCGCCGAUCUGUUUCGACAUGAGGUGCGAGGAGAUUCUCAACGAGUGCGGGUGUGCAGCUGUCUUGGCGACAGAUGCAACCACACAUCCAGCCCUCUUCUCAACGUACCUUUGUUGAUAUUUAUUUUCCUUUUUUCAUUAUUACGU